AUGAAACGUCAAAACGUUCGAACGCUCUCACUGAUCAUAUGCACCCUGACAUAUCUAUUAGUGGGUGCGGCAGUGUUUGAUGCACUCGAAUCCGAUAACGAAAUGCAACAGAGAGCUCUAGUGGAAAAAGUCAAGGAUCGUCUAAUUGUCAAGUAUAAUAUUAGUGAUAAAGACUAUCGUAUUCUCGAGGCAAUCAUCAUCAAAUCCGUACCGCAUAAGGCUGGACAUCAGUGGAAGUUUAGUGGCGCGUUCUAUUUUGCCACAACCGUGAUCACGACCAUUGGUAAUCUACUGAUCAAGUUUACUGAUCUAUUGAUCGAUCCAUUUGUCUAUCUUGAUCUG